AUGUUGAAGCCGAUCGACACAACUUCAAAGGACACCUUAGCCGGCUUCAGUCCUGCAGAGGAAGGAAGAAGUAUCGACGAUGACUACGAUCCGUACAAACAUCGAACAAUCAACAAACCAAACUCCACUUUUGGCACGUUUGUACACGUCAUGAAAGGAGCGAUGGGUGUAGGAAUUUUGUCGAUGCCAUAUGCCAUUCGGAAUGGAGGACUCAUUAUUGGCAUCAUUGGAACGUUUCUUUUGGGAAUGCUUUAUUCACAUUGUGUUCACAUGCUGGUUGACACUGCAUAUAAAAUAUGCAAAAGAGAGCGUGUACCAAUGCUGAGCUUUGCCGAAACCAUCGAUCGAGCAUGCGCUCUAGGACCACCAAAAGUGAGACCUUUUGGAACAAUACUGAAAAAUUUCGUCGACUUCUUCCUCAUGAUACCGAAAGCAUGCAUGAUUUACAUGGUGUUCAUUGGCUCUACGCUACAUGAUGUUAUCAACAAUCGCACCGAUCUUGAUUGGAACGUUCGAAUCUAUAUUCUAUUGGCUGCGGUGCCGGCGAUUGUAGUGACUCAGGUGCGAGAAAUCAAGUAUCUCGUUCCCUUUUCCGCAAUGGCUACGGCGUUGAUAUUCGCCAAUGUGGUCAUAUCUUUGUACUACAUCUUCAAAGAGCCGUUGUCAUUCGACGAUCGCGAUCUACUACCUACGUUCGAUUCACUCACAAAGUUUCUGGGCGCUGCUUACUUCGCAUUCGAUGCUACAUCACUAAUAUUCCCAGUAUCCAACCAAAUGAAGCACCCGGAGCACUACCUCGGAUGUCCUGGAAUAGUGAACGUCAACAACAUUUGCCUAGCGAUUCUCUACAGUUUUGUAGGAGUAGUAGGGUAUCUUCGCUAUGGGGAUAAAAUUCGAGGAUCAAUAACGCUCAACUUUCCGCAAGAGGAAGACCUGGCAAUGGUCAUACAAAUUCUGUCUGCAGUAGCGAUCCUGUUUUCCAUAGGAAUCUUUUUCUACGUUCCCAUCGAGACCGUCUGGAGGAGAGCUCACAGUCGUGUGCCAGAGAAAUGGCACUUUAUCGUCCAGUCAUUGAUAAGACUGGCGUACCUUGUAGCAAUCGUUGGCAUUGCUUGUGCUGUGCCCGAUAUCGGCACAUUUGUUGGAUUAAUUGGAGCCAUUUUCAACCCGAUCUUAGCUCUCUGGAUGCCCAUUAUUGUCGACACCAUCUACCGGUGGCCGUCUCAUUUUGGGUGGAUGAAAUGGCAUUUGGUAAAAAAUAUACUGAUGGGCUUAUUUGGAUUAUAUCUGCUUGUUACAGGCACUAUUUCCAGUGUUGAAGAUAUUAUCGACUUGUACGAUUGA